AUGGCCCGCAGCUUUGACAUGGUGCUCUGGGAUGAUGGUUCCGCUCACAUGCUUGCUUCCCCGGCCAUCCUGUUCCCACCGGAGUGCUCACGAAACCCACUGGCCGGUGUGAAACAUCAGCUCUACCACCCAGCCCUGCCCACCCUGCGGCGCAUGGACAUGGACAGCGUCAAGGCCUGCCUCUCGGAUGAGCACUGCCAGUCCUCCACCUACUGCCGCAAAGAUGAGUUUGACAACGCUCACUUCACACUCCUGGGGGUCCCCAACCAACCCCUGCAGUGCUUGAACUUCACAGCAACAGGCCAGAAGCUCCGACGCAGGUACCACGAUGGAAAGCUCGCGCCCAUCGCGCCAGGCAUCAACCGGAUCGACUGGCCCUGCUUCACGCGCGCCAUUGAGGAUUGGUCCCACUUCGUGUCCAAGGCUUGGGAGUGCAAACUGCCCUGCGUGAACAAGAGGGUUGAGAGUUUCAGCGGCUACGCGGUGCGGUACUUGAAGCCCGAAGUGACGCAAUGCUGGCGGGUAGGGAAGGAUGCUCGCUGUGGGGUCCGCGCUGCCCUGGCUUACCCGUCCCUCCCCCGCGCCCGUGGCCCGCCCCAGUACUGCCUCAACCAGAACCCCAGUCUAGACCGCUACGGACAGAAGCCUCUACCCUUCGACUCGCUGAACGUCUUCCGGAGCUUCAGCUCCCACUACAGUCGUGUCAACUACCUGACCCCCUGGCAUUAAUCUGUGAAAAGGAGCUGAUCCCCCCC